AAUCGUCGCGAUAUCCGAAAUCGAUGCAAGCGCCAAACUACCGGUACGCGGGGGCGGUGCUCGCCGACUGGGGCGACGUUGCUGUGUGGAAGCGCGGCUUCCUCGACGCCGCAGCUGCGCAAGGCCUGCGUGAGUACUACACAGUGAAGGACCAUGCGAUCGACCCAACCAUCUCGCCUACCCGACGCGCUGAGAUCCACGCGGCUGCUGAGAUUGCCGUGGCGCCUGUGGCACACGACUUGUCAUCAAAAGCGUUUGGCAAGGCUCUGCUGGCGCGCACACACGCGAUCAUUGCGUACGUGGCUCACGCUGUCACGACCGAGGAAGCAGCGGCCCGAGUGCGCCCCAUUGCAGCCGUGGACUUUCUACUCUCGGCGCUCUCGCCCCAUCUCCACAACGAGCUUGGCGACUACAAGUCGCCGUACGCGCUCUGGACUAAGAUCCACGACAAGGGCUACGUGCUCAUGGACGACUGCCGCCUCUUUGGUCUUCUGGAGCACGUCCGAUUUGCUGACGACGACGAGCUCCCGCAUGCCCUCGCACGCGUCGAGGAGCACAUCCAGCGCUUCGUCAACGUCAUCUUUGUGCCAAGCCAUGGCUCUGAUGCGCGGCUUGUGGCAGCUGCCGAUCGCUUGAAGAUGGCACUGCUCUGCAACGCGUGUCCGCUAGAAAUGGCUCGCGUCUUUGAGGCUUGGCGCGCCGACGAGCCCGUGUGGGACUAUGCAUCGAUGCGGCGUCGGCUUGUCGAGCAGUGUCACCACCACGCGAGCAGCAAGCGGCGAAAGCACAAAUCGCCGCCGCCGUCGUCGUCACCAGUCGAGCUCAAGGGCGAAGUCGUACGCGCGCACUUGCCAUCACAGCUGCAAGCUGGCGCUAAGCCAGCUGCAGUGGCGCCUACAGGCGACGGGCAUUCGAGCAGCCGCACAACCCCCAGCGCGGCCAAGAAGCAACUUGAACCUAUAGUACGCCAAAGAGAGAUCUUCCAGCUUGGGCAAGCCCAAGGUCUCUUCAUCAACAAACCCCCGAAACAUAUUAGGAGCGAGCUCAAUCGGUUGCGUCUCAUGCGCAAGGCCGCGGCGGAGGUUCAAACGUGAGAUCAACUCCUCUCGUGUCUCCCGACUCGGUUUUGAUACCAAAUUUAUUGUUGAUCUUGAG